UCACAUAUGAGUUGCGGGAAAAGUUAGCACGCCGUGCACAGUUCGGUCACGGUUCCAUCCGUGUUAGAAAGUUUAUUUCGUUGAUCAAGUAUGCAAAUAUUGCGGCAAUUAGAUGUGCACCCGAAGGUGCGCGAAGAAGCUGAUAUUCUCGUGCGAACUUUCAGUGGUGCCAUCGUGACGAUUAUUAGUACCAUUAUCAUGGCCAUUUUGUUUCUAACUGAACUGAAUUAUUAUCUUACACCAACCCUUAGUGAAGAACUGUUUGUAGACACGUCAAGGGGUUCUAAAUUGAGAAUUAACUUGGACAUAGUGGUUCCUACAAUAUCCUGUGAUCUUCUAUCAAUAGAUGCAAUGGACACAACAGGUGAACAACAUUUGCAAAUAGAACAUAAUAUAUUUAAAAGACGGUUAGACUUGCAUGGUAAACCUAUAGAAGAUCCACAAAGAACAGAUAUUACUGACACUAAAGCACUUAGCAAAACAACAACAAAGUCAGUGGAAAGUACUACUGUUGAAACAUGUGGGGAUUGCUAUGGAGCUGCUACUGAUAAACUCAAGUGUUGUAAUACUUGUGAUGAUGUAAGAGAAGCUUAUAGUCAUAAGAAUUGGGCUUUUCCUGAUCCAGCAACAAUUAAACAAUGUCAGAAUGAUAAAUCAGUAGAGAAAAUGAAAACUGCCUUUACUCAAGGGUGUCAGAUCUACGGUUAUAUGGAAGUAAAUAGAGUAGGAGGAAGCUUCCACAUUGCACCAGGCAGUAGUUUCUCUGUUAACCAUGUACAUGUCCAUGAUGUUCAGCCAUAUACAUCAACUCAAUUCAAUAUGACCCAUAAAAUUCGCCACUUAAGCUUUGGGCUAAACAUUCCAGGAAAAACAAAUCCCAUAGAUGAUACCACUGUAGUUGCAAUGGAAGGUGCGAUGAUGUUUUAUCAUUACAUCAAAAUUGUGCCUACAACUUAUGUGCGUGCCGAUGGUUCCACGUUAUUAACAAAUCAGUUCUCGGUAACUCGACACGCCAGACAAGUGCCCCUAUUCAGUGGUGAAUCUGGUAUGCCCGGAAUAUUCUUUAGCUAUGAACUAAGCCCGUUGAUGGUAAAAUAUACGGAAAAAGCAAAAUCAUUCGGUCAUUUCGCCACAAACUUGUGUGCGAUUAUUGGCGGUGUAUUCACUGUUGCUGGGUUGAUCGAUUCGUUGUUGUAUCACUCGGUUAGAGCGAUACAAAAGAAAAUAGAACUAGGAAAGUACAGUUAAAACUUAGAUCGAUUUGCUAAUAUGAAAAGUAUUGUAAAAUUUCUAAUGAUAUUUUUCAUAACGACGGAUAAUUUAAGCGAUGAAUACCUGCUGUAAAGUAGCAUGAUCUUUUUAUUCAGUAAUCGGGCGUAUUGACAAGAAAAAAAGACUAAUGUAAUAACAUAAGAUUUAUUGAUCUUUUGUAUUACCUCAAAUAAUACUGGCACAUUUCUGUGUAAAAUAUGUAAUGCUGUACAUAAAGAUUUAUAGAAGUAUUUAAGAGUCUUUAAUAUUUAAGUAAAAAUGACAAAUACAAUAAAGAUUAUGUUAUUACUUUAAAAGAAAACUAUAAUACAACUGUAUAUGCAUUACUAUUUCUUUAUAUAUUAAAAGCUUUUUAAGAACAAA